AUGAAGUACAGCAGCAACGAAGAACGCCAACAAUGCCUGCAAUGCCGCAACCUCUUGGCCGUCUACGGUGGCCGCCGGGGCGAUUCAGUCGACAUGCGACGGCAUCGGGUGAAGCUUGAAAACCUCCUUGGAAGAGACGGCCGAGACAGGUUUUGGUUGCCUUGGCACGAGGAUUUGAGCAUCAUCGCCAGGCGCUGGGAAGCCAUGCGGAAUGAUCCCAAUGUCCAGGUGUCAAACUCCUGGAGCUUGGAACGAGAAGUGAAGCCUCUCCUGGAGCUCCCCCCAGUGACUGGGGACCCCUUCGACCCCUUGAGCUCCGACAGCGACGCCACAGCCGGAACGGCUCCUGCGCAAACUGCCACGGCUCCUGCGGUGACACCCGGUGCCAGGAGCACUGCGGCUGCCGAGGAGCAAUGGGACUGGCGGUGGUUGAAAGGGAGUCAAUGCAGGCAUCGUUGCAGGCAUCGUUGCAGGCUUAUGUUCCAGUUCCAUGGAGUGUUUGGGUAG